AUGGCCAAAUGUCCCAAAGAGAUGAACAAACAACUUGGAAAACGACUCGGCAGCCAUUUCUUCCUCCUCUGUCGCAGCCUCCUCUGUGGUCAUCACGGAGCCCUCAGCAGCAUCAUAUUUGGGCAGAGCUUCUGCAGGUUCUCCACCUCUUUGCUUCACAAGAGCCACCAUGAUGAGAGCCUGGGGAAGAACCUGCCCUUUUCAAUAGAAAACAAAUGGCGGUUGCUGGCAACAGUAACUGUGUACUUUGGAUCAGGAUUUGCUGCACCUUUCCAUAUAUUAAGACAUCAGAUGCUUAAGAAAUAUGAUUUUCCUAUACAGGAAUCAGACUUAAAGAACAAGAACCACCUUUAGGGGCAGCUAGGUGGUGCAGUGGAUAGAGCACCGGCCCUGGAGUCAGGAGUACCUGAGUUCAAAUCCAGCCUCAGACACUUAACACUUACUAGCUGUGUGACCCUGGGCAAGUCACUUAACCCCAAUUGCCUCACUAAAAUAAUAAAUAAAUAAAUAAAUAAAUAAAUUUUUUUAAAAAGAACCACCUUUAAAAGCAGUUCAGAAGAAUCGAGU